GUUUUAUUGUUUGUUUACUAAUCUAGAAAUCUUUUAAUUUAUUAAUCUGUGGUCCAGAAGCAUUUUAAAUCACUGUAAUUAAUGUUUAAACUAUUAAAAUAAAUUAUAUUAUCGAGUAAUAAAAAGAACCAGCUGAAAUGGCUGAUCAAACAACAGUUUCUAAGAAUACACAAAGCAUGAAAUCGGAACGGCAAAUAGAGAUCCUUAAGAGAAAGAUUCAAGAACUAACAUCCGAGAACCAAAUAUUGCGUGAAAUUAAUGUAAAGUUACAAAUCGAGAAUUUCAACUUACAGAAGAAGCUAGACAGUAAGCAACUUGAUGAGGAACUAGAUUAUGGAGAAAUUGAGAAACUUGAUACAGAAACAGAUGUUCAAACGAAAUCAGAGACGUUUUAUACAAUUGAUUAUGAAAAUGAAACAGAAACGGUUGAAAGAGAGGAAUAUUUGGAACAAGAAGGAGCAAUUUACGCAAUCCAAGAAGAAGAAAUUCUUAAGGAUGAUCAGCAACUCGAUUCAAAGCCUUUAAAACGAGAUUAUUCAGAGGCAUUUGUAGAGAAGGACAUAAUUGAUGAAAAGCCAAUGAGUAAAGUCCCUAAAGAUGAUGACGGAAGCUACCAAAUCACAAUCAUCAAUUCUGAAUAUUUAGAAGACGAUAUGGAAACAAUAGAGACAGAAAGCGGUGAAAUAACUCCACAAGAUGCAAUAGCUUACAUUUAUAAAUUAGCAGCGAAAAGUGCAAUGACGGAAAAGAUUAAAUCUACUGAAAAAGGCAAACAUAAAGAUUCAGCGUUUGUCAGUAAAGUUCUGGAUCUCUUAUUUGAUCGAGUCACACUAGCAAAUUCCACAGCUCAUGGACAAAAAUGUCAAUCGAAGCUUCAUCUUCAACUUCCAGCUCGACCACCACUAGAUCCAGUAAAAAUGGAUCUUACUUUGAAAGCAUUCAUGUACAGACUAUUCAAGGAAGAAAUUUCAGAGGCAGAAAAGCAAGUUAGACUUAAAUUAUUUAACAAGCUAGUGAAUGAUAAGAUUCAAAAUUGUAGAAAAUGUUUAUCUCGAACUGAUGCAUCAAAAGUGCUCGAAAAUUGAAAUAGAAUAAAACAUGAUUGUUCAAAAUUGACAGUUUUGCCUUAUCACUGCUGAUACUUUAAAUUCUAAAGGGA